GUAAAACAUGGUAAAAAAAAAAAAAAAACAUUGGGUGAUUUGGGUGUUGGCUAAGCCUUGCAGUUACCAUAUCCUCCUGACACAUUUCCUCUUCUGCGUUAGUUGAUGUUAGUCAUGUGCUAAGCUCAUUUACACUAAAAUAUGCUUCUUCUGCCCCUCCCCCCUUUUUUAUGUUUUCCCUGCAUAUGAGGUCACGUUCCUGUAAGAAAUUAUGUGACUUGAGUUGUCAGUUUGCAGUCAGAACACAUUAGACAAAAGAUGAGGAACCACUUCAAUGUGAGCACCCUGGACAGCUUGAGUGCACCAGCGAUUGUGGGAAAUGCUUGCGGAAUCGACUUUAGUCAAGACGGCAUCUUCCUUCCCAUCUUGUAUGGAAUCUUCUUCAUCAUCGGCACUCCUUUAAACCUGUUGGCACUCUUUGGGCUCUACAAACUCAUCCAGUCAGAGAAUGUCCUACCUGUGUACGUCAUAAACCUUCUGAUCGCAGAUCUAAUUCAACUUCUGACUUUGCCUUUGUGGAUGGACUACUAUGCAAACGGACACUACUGGCGCUUCGGACCCCGGAGCUGUCAGUUCAUGGGUAUGUUUUUUUACAUUAGCAUUUACGCGGGCAUCUUCUUCAUGUGUAUCAUUGCUCUAGAACGUCACCUGGCCAUCGCCAGACCUCUCAGGUUCAAGCAUAUCCGUAAUUUGAAGUUUUCUCGCUGGAUAGCACUUGGCAUUUGGAUUCUAAUUGCGGUGCCUCCUGCCAUUGCGUUCGACAAGCUCUUUCCCAAGCAGGCAAAUUACACUCUUUGUAUCGAGAAGUAUCCCUCAGAGGGCAGUUUUAUCACCUACAGGCUGAUUACUCUGCUUGUGUCCUUCAUAAUACCCCUUAGCUUCAUUGUUGGUCUCCACAGAGAGACCGUCCGAUCGCUGAUGGCAAUCAACUCACUUUUAUCCGAGGAGAAGAGGAGUAUCAGGGGUCUGCUCACCCUUCUGGUGGCCGUAUUUGUCACGGUGCUGGGGCCCUAUCAUUUCAUCGGCUGUGUGAAGUACCUAGGACUGCUGAUACACAGCAGUCCGUGCGUUUGGGAGAAGGCAGUGUUUGUGCCCUAUCAGUUAGGACGAGGCUUUCUGAGCCUUAACAGCUUGCUGGAUCCUGUGUUUUACAUCUUUCUCCGCAGAGACUUUCGUGCUACUGCUGGGAAGUACUUGCCCUGCCUGAGGAGAGUGAGAAAAAGAUCGUAUCGGACAGAGAAAGCGACAAGCUCCACUCUAGACUGUGACUGAAGAUUUCCCCUUGGUUAUGUAUUUGAAAUAUACUUUGGACAAAGAGCUAAGAAACUAUGCCAAACUAAUACAAAAGGCGUAAUUAGAUCUAUGGUGAUGCCAUCAUCUCAAGACAGGUGUUUUAGCAUCAUUGAUCAUUUUUAAUUAGAAGAAAUUUGGCAUUGCUAUAAUUUUAGUUAGCCUUGCUGACUUUUUUGUCUGUCUGUUGAUCAUUUCCAUGUCUGCACUGCUGGAAUGAUUUUUAUUUUAUAUUAUCUUAGUUUAUUUGUCUGUCAUGCCAUGGCUAACCUGCUGAAACAAAACUAACAUAUUAAUUCUAUUUCAUUGUGGUUUUGGCAGUAGACUUGGUGGUAUAGUGUAAAAUCUUUACAUUAAAAAAAAAAACAGACAAAAUUUGUCAUCACCCAUUAAAAUGUGUCUUUCCCCCCAUUUAUAGUUUCAUUGUCAAAUAAAGAUUUUGUUUUUUUUUCACUUCAUAACUAUUAAUGUUAUUUCAACUCUCAGUACUUUUUUCUCUCAAACAAGAGUACUUCACUUACUUCCUCCUUUUUUACACAUUUACACUGUGUUGAUUCUAUUCCGGGUGUGAAACUGAGACCACAACUACACAAAUACAGACAGCAUCAACAUCUUUCUAUAACCAACCUAACCUACAAUUAUAUUUCUUUCCUAUCCAUAAAUGGCAAUAACUUAACAUCUGAAUACAUCGGGCUGAUGUUUUCUGUAUAAAUAUGACCUGUCUUUCUGAAUACAAUUAUCUUAUCUUAUUUUAUCUUAGAUUUUAUCUCAGUUUAGUUUAUUUAUCUGUCAAUCAUUUCCAUGUCUACACUGCUGGAACUGAAUUAAGGGGUUCUACACUAUUUUAUUAUGGUCUUAAUAAUACACACUAUUUAGUGUCCGAUUUAUAUUUUAAACAAAACAAUUUCACAUCACCAGACACAAUCUUUUUCCUGCUUAUAUCUUCACUGUUGAAACAAUGAUUAAUACUUUUUUUAGUCACCCAAAUGGCAUGAUGCUUGCAAGCAACUUGUAUCAUGACAUACAGACAGCUUUCUCUUAGUGUUAAAGACCUCCUUGAUGCAGAUUCAGAAAUUACCAUGGCCACAUGAGCAAGUGAUUCACGUUCACAGGAAGCUGAGGUUUGACCAUGUGAAAUAAAUUCCCAUUUGAUUUCGUGACCAGUAUCCGAAAGCUCCAUUCCCAUGGGAAAUGCCAACAUGUCGCUUUCAAGCAAUGUCUUUUUGGGAAAAAUCAAGUUGGCAGAAUUUAGAUCUCCAACUGCAGUAUGUCUCACUGUGAGAUUUUUGUCCCAGAAUUAAUAAUUGCACCCACUGCCAUCAACUGCAAAGACAAGACACAGACAUAUCUUGCCAAGGGUCGCAGCUUGCAUGAGACCAUUGGAAACACUCUGCAAUUAUAACAUUUUAUAUUGAUUUCCAUCAUUUGCCAACUCUAUCUACAUACUCAUCUCUCAGAUUAAUUCAGAUGUGUAUUGUUAGGGCAUAAAAAUCUUUAUUUUCUUUUAGUGCAAUGAACUGAGGAUAAAGUCUACUAUAUGAAGGACUGGUUUUGGCCAUAAAUUCCCACAAAUGCAUUAACUCCAGAGGAUGCCAUUGACCACAUUUAAAAAUGUCACAGUUCAGAACUUUAUAGAGUGAACUUUAGAAACUUUGUUAUAUUUGUGAUCGUUGCGCACCAUUACUUUUCAUCAAAGAGUUGAAAAGUUUGUUUAUGUCUGUUUUAUAUUUUAUAUUCUGAGUCAUAAGUUUGAACUGGUGGAAUGUUUAUUAACUGUUCAAUUUUAUAAUGGUUUUAGCAGUGUAAUCUGGAUAGUGGAU